GAGGAGCCUAAGCCGGGUUUGUGUCCAGUUUGAGCUCCAUGGAGCAGUGCCUAAAUCAGAUGAGACCCCUCACCAGCAGUGAUUCCCUCCCCAGGAGGUUCCUGGACCGGAUCCUUCAGCUCAGCUUAGUCAAGUACCCGCUGAAGCUCCUCGAGAAAGCAUCUGCCUGGGUUGGGUGGGUGAUCCCUGCCAGCAGCAUCAGGAGCAAGCUCUGCCCCCCAUCCCAGUCCCCCGGCAGGGCUGGGCUCCUCGCCAGGAAGCGCCGGGGGAAACUCCUGCGCCUCCUGCUCUCCGUGACCCCCACCAGCGUCCAGAACCUCCUGGGCUACCUCCCCAUGGACUGGGGCCAGAGCAACGUGCCCGAGGAGAUCCGGGAGGCUCCCAUCCACCCGGACAGCAAAGCCAGCAAGAGGAAGCGGGAUGAUGUGGCUCUGGAGCAGCAGGAGUCCUGGCUUGUGGUGCUGGAGAGGGACUGGCCAGAGGAUGACUCUGAAGACCUCACAUACGAGCCCUCCGAGGUGGAGACGGACAGUGAGGAGUACCAGUCCCAAAAUGACACUGACCUGGAGCUGGAGGAGCAGGGUGAGGCCGCUGUGCUGGAGCCCUCGGCUGCCCAGGGCUCUGUGCUGCCCCCAGAGCCUGCAGCAGAGGAUCCAGCUGUGGCCAGCAGUGGGGAAGAGGCUCCAGAUGUGGCCAGUGGCGAUGCCCAGAAGCCCCAAGCUGAUGGGAGCAGCGAGGAUAUCAGCAAGCAGGAGGCUGACACAACCUGUGUUACCCCCCAGGUGGGGGGUGCAGAGGAGCCCCCAGGGGUCAAGGAUGGGCCAGUCUGGAGAAGGGUUAUUUACAGGAAUUCCCCGGGGGCAAGGGAAUUCCACAAUGGCCCCAUCCCAGAGCUGGGAGCUGGAGAGGCCAAGCUGAGCAAUGAAGGGGAUCAGAACCUGCUCCGUGUGCGGGUCGCGGUGACACGGGGACAUUUCCGUCUAGAAGGUGCAAACGCCGUGUUUGCCAUCCGUGGCACCGCAGCGCCUGGAAUCCUAAUCGCCUGCAAAGCGGCUCUAAUGGGGCACGCGGAGUGGGAGCAUCCGGGCGGCUCCUUCGAGGAGUCCAUGGAGGUUGCCAUGAAAGCCCGUGAACGAGCCCAGGGAGCCUGCCCCCAUCACACGGCUCCCCCUGCUGCAUCCUGA